AUGGAAUUCCAUCGGCGCAGGUUCGCCGCCCUCGCCCACAUGGACCCCACACCCUCUCUGUUCUCCCGGGAGGCGGAAGCCGCCUCGACCGACAGCGAUGACCCGAUGUCAACGAUCUCUCCGUAUGCCCAUGGCCUCAACGGUGUCAACCAGGUUAACAACCUGGUCUUUGUGGACAUGCUGUGGUGGACGCUGGGCAUCUUCGGUUUCACGAUCCUGGCCGUCAGGAUAUUCCAGGUCGUCUGGGGCCACAUCCGCCAGGUCUCGGCAAUGUCGGUCCAGGGCGAUAGGCAAACUUACUGGAAGUAUGCCCAGUCCCAUUGGAUGCCCAGCUUCAAGAAGGACUUCAUCUACGCACCGCUAUGGGGCAAGCGACACAACCGGGAGAUCCGACUCUCCAAGGCCAUGAACAUGGGCACCCUGCCCUCGAGGCUGCACUUCAUCCUUCUCUUCAUCUACACAGUCAGCAACCUGGUCUACAUGUUCUACCUGAACUGGUCCAACGAAAACAAGUACGCGCUGUGUGCUGAGAUCCGAGGACGAUCGGGAACCCUAGGCGCCGUCAACAUGGUCCCUCUGAUCAUUUUCGCCGGUCGCAACAACCCUAUGAUCUCAUGGCUCAAGAUCAGCUUCGACACCUACAACCUCUUCCACCGAUGGCUCGGUCGUCUGUCAGUUGUCGAGAUCAUCAUUCACUUCCUGGUCUGGGCCAUUGUGCAAAUGGCCGCUACUGGGUGGUCGGGUCUGAUGGAUCGCUGCCUGUAUGACCCGUUCAUCGCGUCUGGAACUGCAGGUACCUGGGCGAUGCUCAUCCUGCUCAUCCUGUCCUUCUCGCCUAUCCGCCACGCCUUCUACGAGACCUUCCUUAACACACACAUCAUCCUCGCCUUCAUCACCUUCGUGUGCACGCUGGUUCACUGCCUGACGCCCACCGAGAUCCCCACGGGUCUUCCCCAGCUUCCUUGGGUCAUUGCAAUCUUCGCCAUCUGGAUGUUCGACCGCCUGGCCCGUAUGAUCCGCCUCACCUACUGCAACUGGUCCCACCGGGGAUUCACCGAGGCAAUUGUCGAGCCGAUGCCUGGUGAGUGCACCCGAGUCACCAUGCACCUGCCUCGCCACGUCGAGAUCAAGCCCGGCUCGCACGCCUACAUUCGAUUUGCGGGAAUCAAGCCUUGGGAGAACCACCCCUUCUCCAUUGCAUGGGUCGAGCACCACGCCGAGGAGCUGCCCUUGGACGAGAAGGAGCCCAUGAUUCUGAGGAGGAACACAACCACAUCGGUUUCAUUCGUCAUCGGUGCCCAGACCGGCCUCACGCGAGACCUCUACAACAGGGCCGCCGACGCCGGCAGCCGCGCAAUCAAGAUGAGGGCCGCCUUCGAGGGCCCAUACGGUGGUCACCACGAUUUGGACAGCUACGGACAUGCCGUCCUGGUUGCUGGUGCGACUGGUAUCACACAUCAGCUCAGCUACCUGAGGCCACUCAUCGAGGGGUUCAACAACGGCAGCGUCGCCACUCGUCGCAUCACAUUGAUCUGGAUCGUUCGCGACUACGAAUCGCUCGAAUGGAUCAGGCCCUGGAUGGACGAGGUGCUCCGGAUGCCGAAUCGUAAGGAGAUUCUGACCAUCAAGCUCUUCAUCACGAGACCAAAGAACAGCAAAGAGAUCGUCUCCGCCAGCACAACCGUGCAGAUGUUCCCCGGCCGGCCCAACGUCCCGCUCCUGAUCCGCAAGGAGGUUCAUGAGCAAAUGGGCGCCAUGGCCGUGACCGUCUGUGGCCCUGGCGCGCUGGCUGACGAUGUCAGAUCCGGCGUGCGCCAGGUGCAAGAUGAGAACACCGUCGUCGACUUUUUCGAGGAAAGCUUUACCUGGUAA